AUCAGCUUCCCAGCCCCCCGGGCCGGCCCAGCUCAUUGGCGCCGCGGCCCCUCCAGGACCCGCACAUUGUUCCCCGCCCCCGCCUCGGCCACCGCCGCCGUCGCCGCCGCCACUGAACUAUAAAAACCCGCCGAGCCCGGAAAGGUGCGGAUGCUUAUUAUAGAUCUACGCGACAUCAGCGCCCGGGGCCCAGUUCUCUGUUGCAGCUUUUGGGAAAGAGCUCCUCUAAUUGCAUCCACAGCGUCCGUGGAAGCUCUGAGGCCCGAGAGAGGGAAGACCCUGCGAAAGCUGCAACUAUCCCUUGGGGCCAUGGACUCGGACGCCAGCUUGGUGUCUAGCCGCCCGUCGUCGCCAGAGCCCGAUGACCUUUUUCUGCCCGCCCGGAGCAAAGGCAGCGGGGGCAGCGGCUUCACGGGGGGCACCGUAUCCUCGUCCACGCCGAGCGAUUGCCCGCCAGAGCUGAGCGCCGAGCUUCGCGGCGCCAUGGGCGCAGCGGGCACGCACCCGGGGGACAAGCUGGGCGGCGGCGGCUUCAAGUCAUCCUCGUCCAGCACUUCGUCGUCCACGUCGUCAGCUGCUGCGUCGUCCACCAAGAAGGACAAGAAGCAGAUGACUGAGCCCGAGCUGCAACAGCUACGCCUCAAGAUCAACAGCCGCGAGCGCAAGCGGAUGCACGACCUCAACAUCGCCAUGGACGGGCUGCGCGAGGUCAUGCCGUACGCUCACGGCCCAUCGGUGCGCAAGCUCUCCAAAAUCGCCACGCUGCUGCUGGCGCGCAACUACAUCCUCAUGCUCACCAAUUCGCUGGAGGAGAUGAAGCGACUGGUGAGCGAGAUCUACGGCGGCCACCACGCCGGCUUCCACCCAUCCGCCUGCGGCGGCCUCGCGCACUCAGCACCCCUGCCGGCCGCCACGGCGCACCCGGCGGCCGCCGCGCACGCGGCGCACCACCCGGCGGUGCACCAUCCCAUCUUGCCUCCUGCCGCCGCCGCCGCCGCCGCCGCUGCGGCCGCCGCCGCGGUGUCCAGCGCUUCCCUGCCCGGCUCCGGGUUGUCGUCGGUCGGCUCCAUUCGGCCCCCUCACGGUUUGCUCAAGUCUCCGUCGGCGGCAGCGGCAGCCCCUCUGGGGGGCGGGGGCGGCAGCAGCGGGGGCAGUGGUGGCUUCCAGCACUGGGGCGGCAUGCCUUGCCCUUGCAGCAUGUGCCAAGUGCCACCGCCCCACCACCACGUGUCGGCCAUGGGCGCCGGCAGCCUGCCGCGCCUCACCUCCGACGCCAAGUGAGCUGGCUGGUGCGGGCGCGUUCUGGCGAGCGGGGUUUGGGGGCCCGGAGGCUGCGGGGAAGCGAGGACUGGCCGGCGCUGGGGCCUGGGAGCUCAGUUCCGAGGGGGAGCGCAGCACAGUGGGCUGGGGGUGGGGGCUAGUGGUGAGGACUCCAGCACCCAGGGACUGAAGCAGUGGAGCGCACUGAACAGUGGGGAGUGAGAGGGAAAUUUGCUUUGAGACCUAGUUCAACCAUCUCUGGCUUUAAACAGCGCUGCUCCGGUAGCCACCACUUUAUACGAAGGCACCUCUACGAGCAUCCCUUCCUACAACUCCCCUCCCCCUGCCUCCCAAAAAGAAAUGAUUCUAAAAACUUUGGUUUCCCUGAAAACUUGGGCCCUGGCAGCACUUCGUUAUACGGAGGAGGAGGUGAUGGAGGGGGAGCUUUGGGGACUCCCUCUCCUUCCUCCUUUCUUGGCGGGUAGAAAACUCUUGGGAGCCCCUCUCCAGAAGCGGCCGUCUGGCCUUGCCCGCAAAGGUGGUCCGUGGCCCAGGGCCAGGGCCUACGAGUUAGUUCGAAGCUGGUAUUUGGUACCAGAAGCACUUAUGGUCGUGUCCAAUCUCCAUAUCUGGAUAAACCCACAACUGUCUGAGAACUGUUGCCAUUCCUCCCUGUCGCUCCUAUUGGUUGGGGGGAGGGAUUAAUAAAACUGUCAAUGUUUCAUUUUCAACAGCACAGUCAAGCUUUAUAGACAGUCAGAAUAGAACCACUUGUGGAUUGGAGUAAUCUAAAACUGUCGACUUUGGGUACGGGUGAUUUUUAGUUACUUCACAAUAGAAUCUCCCUCCCUCUGCAUUCUUUCCAUCUCUUGAGCACAAAGUGAGUUGGUUUCUUACCUGAUUGGGGGCAGUCAUUUUGAUACUGAGGGUUUGACAGAACUCCAAGGAUUUUGCUGUGAAUAUAGUUUUGGUUAUUUGUGAGUUCAGUUGGCUCCUUAAUUUUUUCUUUCUUGGAUGUGUAAAUACAAUGUUGAUAAUGAGGUAAGUGCGUGCUGCUAAAUUGUUUGCUCACGUGACUGCCAGCCCCUCCGGAUUCUAAACCGGGUUUCCUAUAUAUUGGUUUCUUUCCGCCACGUUUAACAUAAAUGACAAACUCCUCCACGUGCUUCCUGCCUCCCCACAAACCGCCUGGGCGCUACCAGAGUUGCAAUACGAGAUUCACAGCGUCUGCCACAUAACAUCCCUCCUCUGAUCGCUGCCCCUUGCAGAGAGUGUAUCAUCUGUUUUAUUUUUGUAAAAAGAAAAAAGUGCUAAAUAAUAUUUAUUACUUGUUUGGCUGCAAAAAUGAAAUAAAUGAUUGAGUGUUGAGAUUUUAAAUAAAAUUCAAAGUAA